CGCCCUACUUUCGGGAAGCUGUUUCACUUGGACAUAUGCGUCAUAAUAGGUAAAAAAAAAAAAAAGAGAAGAUCAUAACAUUUUCGUGGUUUAUACCGACUUUAACCAUGUAGGCCUACCGCCCAAAGUAAUCAGAAAGCAAGCGAUACUGUUGCUUAGAUUAUGCUUAGAAUAUGACUUUAGUUUUUUACAACCCAGACUCACUGGAAAAACAAUGCGAAGCCUUGUGGUGAAAUUUAAUUUCUUUCCUCCUUGCAAAGUAAACUGCCCAGUGAGUGGUGCUAAAAGCGUGGUCAGUUUUAUCUGAAACAGAUAAAAGUAAAUCUGGCUAAGUUUUCUGAUGUUGGUUGUUGUAUGUAUCGUGGUAAUUCGGAAAUGAAAUGUCUGGUGGGUGGAGCUAAAAGGUUAAUGCUCUAUUGCAUUUGAAAAUAAUGUGCCACCUACAUAGCCUGACUUCAUCAUACUCAUAUUCUAGGCAGAACUUCCCGUCCAAAAAAUGUUGUGGGCGGGGUUCGGGCUGGCACCCAGGCUACCACCUACACUGACCCUUCCCUAAAUCUAACCAAUAGUCUCAACAAAAGCAAACGUGAGAUAAAAAAAUGCAUUUGCUGAAGCAACCAUGCCAUUAGCUUGCUUCUACGAGUCUUUGAGCUCUUUUAUCGUGACUAUUGUUUUACGGGACUCAUAUCCGAGCGCUCUACAUCGCAAGUGCAAUAUAGCUGAUCAAGUUUACUACGUCAGAAAAUCCUUUGAGCUUACACAUUGAGCUGGUUAUGUGAUGCAAACAGCAAAAUUCUUUGUUCUGCUGUACACAAAGAAUGUUAUUUGGAAGAAUGUUUGUAGCCAAGCAGAUCUCACCCCCAUUGACUACCAUAAUAUUUUUUUCCUAAUAUGGUAGUCAAUUGGAGUGCGAGAUUCCAAAUAUCUUCCUUUGUGUUCAGCAGAACAAAGAAAUGUAUACAGGUUUGGAACAACUUGAGGGUGAGUUUUUUGGGUGAACUAUCCCUUUAAUGGCAUCUAUAAGUAUGUUUUUUGUAGUUUGGCCAAAAUGUAAGUGGCACAUUUUCCAAUGAAAAUAUGUUGGUUUUUUAGCCUUUAUUUGGCCUACUGACCUUCUACUAAAUUUACAUUUGUAGUUUCUAUAACAUUUGAAAACCACGCCGAAACCUAUACUUAAUAACCUAUAUAAUUCAGGGCCCUGUUUACAACAAAUAUUAAAAUAUUAAAAUACAUUUUGCUGCAUCAGAGAUCCCAAGUGGAGAACAAUAAAUACAGGUGUCAACGGGGCCCAUAAUGUUUUAAGAGUGCCCACAUUUAACCACAUUUGGAGAAAGCUGAUAAUGUAUGUGACCAUAUUGUAACCUAUAGUGGCAAUGUUCAGGUAAAAUGCUUUCAAAUAGCUUUAAAGGACCAUUGUGAGACAUGUUUUGAGAAAGCACAUAAAACAUGGGAUUUAAACUUUACAAGGUGAAAAAGGAAGACAGGAAAGAUGAAAUAAAGAAACUGGAUCUCUGAGAUUAGACAGUCGGCAAAACCAGGUGGAUCCACCUGCUAGAAUAACAAUAUACAAUAUAAUGAAAUAAACAUCCGUUAAAGGUAUUGAUGAAUAUUUUCACAUGAAUGCAGAUGUACUCAUAACUCUAGGCUAUGGUGAAGCGAUGAGGGUGUGUGGCUCAAAUAUGCCGUUGCAUGGCUGGAAAACCUGCAUUUGAUCUUUUCCUUUUUGGUAUUUGUUAUAUAAUUUUGGUAAAUGUGAAAUGAGAUUUGAAAAAAUCAAAUCUGCAUUACAAAUUCAAGUGACACAGUUUUCUCCUGUUCCAAAACUGCUAUCCUAAACUAAAACUAUGAUAUAAACCCAUGAGCAUGAGUGGGUCUAGAAAUGGUCUGUAUAAUCUUAUGAGCAUAGAAUUGAGUAUGGAAGUCCUAUUCCAAUGCAUAUAUCUGUCAACACUUCCCAGGCCCCUGUUAUGAAUAUGAACUUCUUUCUAAUAGUCUGGAUCGAUCAAUGCUAAAUAAAGUAUUUUCAUUAAAGGUCCCGGGUAUUACUAUUAUUAUUAUUAUGAUUAAAACUGAGGAAUUUAAAAAGCACAGUAUAAACACACCAGUUUCAAUUAUUAGCAUUUCGUUUGGCUUGAAUCGACCCAUUGAACUGUAGAGAGGUGUCUAUUCACACAUUACACACAAACUCAGUGGUGUGAUAUUGUCAGUAUUGACAGUAAUUUGCCAUUUUGUCUUGGUGAUAUCACACUGCUAAAAACAUAUGCCCAGAAAUAAUUCUAAAGGAUCAUCUUAAAAAUAAAUUAGAUUUCUCUGCCACUAUUGCUAAUAGCAACCAUUCGAAUGCUUUGCAGUAAUAUCCUAUUAUUGACAAUUAGGCCAGUGAAGCUUUGUUGAUUUGAUUUGACUUGAUUUAAAAAGGAAAGGGAGGGAGGAGAGAGAGAGACCUAAUAAAUGAGACUGAAGGUUGUGGGUUUACAAUCCCUCUUCUUGUAUUAUAUAUAAUGAAUUGGAAAUUUUCUUAAAACCAGUGUAUUGAUUCUGCUAUUUAUGUUACAGGCAAGAUCUGUAUUUGGUAUCUGAGAGGUAACUGAGGAUCUGACCCAUGAGUUAUAUUUUGUAGAAAGAGAACUUUAUUCUGCUCUUCUCAUGAUAGCUGCAAGAGACAUGUAAGACAACUGUGUCUAAGGUCAUAAAUGGUCAAUAAUAUAUCCACUAACACAAAUGCAUACUUAUCAUGUGUAAUUAUUUUUAGGAUUUGUUAUUAUAUGUUAAACCAUGACAGUGAAUUUUGUAUUAUUGCUCUUUGUGGAUGUACUUUUUAUGUUCUGUUCCAGUGAAGUCCUGACAAAACACAGCCUUCAAGGGAAAAGAUAUUGCCAAUGUUUUAUCUAAUUGUGCCUGCAAGGGUUGUUUAUUAUUUUUAGAGGCAUGUGACCAUGCCAAAGGUGUCAGGGUUCUGAGUGAGAGAGGACCCAAAUGAGCGUUGACAGGGUGGUUGACAAGGAACAAGAAGGUAAUUGAGGAGUGAAACUGUCCAAACAGUAGAGGCAGGUCGCACAACGGGGGAAACAGGCAGGUCAGGGGUGAGACAACAUCCAUUCGGAUGCUGCUAGAAUUAUCUGUACUGUUAACAUAACCAAACCUGUAGAAAUGACGUCAAAUGAUUAUCCAUAUGACUAAGUACUAGUGUUUCUAUGUCUUAAGUUAGUUGGAGGCUGGAUCCUCUUACUCAUUUUUUUACGGCCUAUGGUAGUGUGGAGAAUUUGUCUUCAGUAAACUCUUUGUCAGCUUCAGCUUUGAUGCCUGGUCUUCAUUGAGCACAGCAUACUGAUUUCUUUAUGUGGUCUAACUGUUAUUCCCCUACAAGACAGAUAAGAGGUGAGAGAGACAGUGGUAGGAGUGACUGAAUCUGUGAAUCUAGCAGUAGAUAUCCACCCACGCACCAUUACGAAGCAGUCGCCCAGGCUUGUUUUCAGCGUUUGGACCAAUAUGGCCCUAUGACUAGGCCACAGAAAGAGAGAGGAGGAGAAGGAGAGAGGAUCAGCAUCAGCAACGCCAAUCCAGUCUUGCCAAUCCCAAGAGAGCAUCGAUUUGGAAAUGGACUAAAAUACUUCUGGAUUAAAGACUCAUCUGUUCAAGUCCAAGUGUAGUCAUGCAGGAGAACCCAGGCUCUAUAGGUGUGGAUGGAGGAUACGCUAGCAAUGUACCUGCUUUCCUCACUAAACUCUGGACUCUUGUGGAGGACCCAGAGACCAAUCAUCUGAUUUGCUGGAGUACUACGGGCACCAGCUUCCAUGUUUUUGACCAAGGCAGAUUUGCUAAGGAGGUUCUGCCCAAAUACUUCAAACACAAUAACAUGGCAAGCUUUGUACGCCAGCUCAACAUGUACGGCUUCAGGAAGGUGGUGAAUAUUGAGCAGAGUGGGCUGGUGAAGCCAGAGAGAGAUGACACCGAGUUCCAGCACCUCUAUUUCCUCCAGGGCCACGAGCAUCUGCUUGAGCACAUUAAGCGCAAGGUGUCAAUAGUGAAAAGUGAAGAGACCAAAGUGCGGCAGGAGGACUUGAGUAAGCUGUUGUAUGAGGUGCAGGUGUUACGCAGCCAACAAGAGAACAUGGAGAUGCAGAUGCAGGAUAUGAAACAGCAGAAUGAUGUUCUGUGGAGGGAGGUGGUGUCACUGAGGCAGAAUCAUACACAGCAGCAGAAAGUCAUGAACAAGCUGAUUCAGUUCCUGUUCAGCCAGAUGCAGUCCAACACUCCUAGCACUGUGGGAAUGAAGAGAAAGCUUCCUCUCAUGCUGGAUGAUGGCUGCUCCACCCCUCCUGCCUCCAAAUUCAGCCAUAGCCACUCCAUGGAGUCCUUGCAAGAAUCUUUCUAUAUCCAGUCGCCAUCCACAGAAAGUGCUUCCUGCUCCACUAGCAGUGCGAUAACAGGAGGGCCAAUCAUUUCUGAUGUCACUGAAAUUUCACAGUCCACCACCAUGGCUUUACAAAUGCAGGCAGAGGAAUCAAGGGAAAAGUGUUUAAUGCUGAUUAAGGAAGAGCCGGUGAGUCCUGGAGUGCAGGGACGAGGAGAUGGUGUACCACUCGGCUCCUGUGAGGUGUGCGCUGAACCCCCCGUCCUCCCCGUUGCCAUGGUUCAGUCCGUCCUAGAGGGCCGAGGAUCUAAUCUGGGAGAGAGAAGGGCCAAAAGACCCAUGCUAGAGAGACCAGAGAUUCCUGAUAAUGUGGAGAAUGUUGACAUGAGCCUGGAGGAGUUGCAGCUGCUUCUGAGGAGUCACCAGCAGAGCAUGGAAAGCAAUGCUGCAGCAAUGGAUCCCUUCACAUUUAGCCUGCCUUUGAAUGAGUGGAACUUCACAGAAAUGGACCCAAACCUGAAAUCAGAGCUGGCUAACGCCCUCAUCCCCGCUGCUGUGUCCCAGUACAUGUUUCAGGGUCAGGAGGGAGAAACGUACCCGACCGCUGGCUAUGAGGAGCAGUGAAGACCUGAUAUGACAGCCAGCACAGUUCCCUCCUGAAAGACGAGCAGAGGGAUCCAUUCGAAAGCAUGACACUUGGAUUGCAUAUUAUUCCAACAUCAGAAGAGAAGGCUCAAAUUUAUCUCACUAGUAGAUUUGGAGGUGAUAUAUCAAGUAAACUUGUGCUGACCAGCCCUUCAUGAAGAUUCACUUAGUAGGCCAUUGGUGGAAGUUGGAUUUUUACAAAUCAUUUGGAGCAAUUCAACUCUUUGGAGAUGGAAUAUUUACAAUAACCCCUUCUCAAAGCCUAUAAGGAGUUCAGGCUACAUCAAGAUCAUUUUGAAGAUAUUUUCCCAUGAUAAAAAUGCAUCCUAUGGAAACUUCUAAUGCCAAGGAAAGGCAAUAUCAAGCAUUUCCUUCCCAACGACCACAACACAUGUGAACUGUAUGCAGUAUAACACAAAUCAUUGUGGCCAGAGUUUGAAUGCACUUUAGUCUGUGUGUUGGAGUUUCUGCUUUGUGGAGCUGUGAUUUCAUUUUCCCUAAAACUUAACUGUAAAAAAAUAUUAAUAUAUUUUGUUCAAAUUGACAUUAUAAUGAAGCACAUACUUGUAUUUCAAUAUAUAUUUAAAGGCAUAUAAAAGUACUGGUUUAAUCAUAUUAUGUAUGUAUUAAUGUGAGAGGUCUAGGGGUUAAAAAUCAGACCUCACAGAAAGAAAACUGAAAUAAUGCACUGCUUUUUGCACAAUUUAGUGUAUUUUUCUCAGUAAUAUUCUGGAACAUCUUCUUAAGACAUCAAGUAUCUUUGUUUCAAUUUAUCUUUUAGUUGAUCGACUAGCCUUGCAGAAUUUAUAGUUGUCUUUGAUACGCUUAUGAUAUAUUGUGUGAUAUUUGCCCUCAUUUGAUACAAAUGUAUUGACCACAUUGGUUGAAUUCUUAAUUAAGUAGCAAAAGAUGACUGAAACAGCAACUGUUAAUGCCUUUGAGAUGAGCACUAUACUUAUGUAAUAUAUCUAUAUUUUAAUAAUUAUUAUACACUGUAUCUAAUUUGACGUUUUCAGUUGACUGCUUUUUUAAACCCAACAACAAAAUUAGAGACUAUCUAACAAUGACAGCGCCUCAGGCUCUAGAUAAGAAUGUGUUUAUUGUUCCUGCCAAACCUCAUGUAAUGAGGGCAAAUGAACACACGACAUUCGAUAACAUUUCAGAGACCAUAAUGCACUUUGUUAUUACAGGGCAGCCAUAUAGCAAUGCAAAAUACCCUAGAUCUCUUACAAAUGCGUUGAAUUAUUAAGUGCAAUACUGUUGCAUUGAUUUAUAUGAUUUUCCUAAAAAGCAAUCUUGCUGCAUUGAUUUGUAUGAUUUCUCAAGGAUGCAACAUCUAAUGAUGACUUAGAUGGGAACUAUGAUGGAAUAAAAGAAAUUGCACUAAGGGUGAUAACUGUAUUAGAAAUAGCUUUUAUUCAGUGUUAGUUUAUGCUCUUAUUUUUUCACUACUCCUUAAACUCCACUACUCAUAAAAUGGUUUAUUUUGAGAAGGGUGCUUUUUCACAUAGGUUGCAAGUCUUUCACUGUAUAUAUAUAUUUUUUUUUCAUAAUGUGGUUAAUUGCACUGGUAAAAAAAAAAAAAAAUGAAUGUAGAUUAACAGAGCAAGACACAAAAGCAAGAAAGGAAACCAAUGUUGCAUAUUUAUUCUGGAUGUAGUCUGUUCCUGACUCCCACCAGCAUAUUGUUAAAAAUAUGUACACACGAAAAUUGUAAAACAAUAAACGUAUUUUAAAAGCA